UUAAGAUAAAAAAAAUUCAUCUGGUCAUAUACAUUUAAGUGACUGCAAUGGACGAAAGCGGAAAAAUUGCGUGUCUAAUCUGUUGCAUUUGCUUCAUUUUGCCAACCAUUCUGAUCCCCAUCGGUUUAUGUCUUCAAAGCAUCAAGCCAAGAUGUUACAUAAAUGACUUUUAUGCUCCUGCCCUCAACACACACAUUCCUUCCAAUGCUACCAGUUCCAACACUUUCAUUUUCUUCGACCUCCAGCUUCGUAAUAUGAUGGAAGAGAACAGCUUACGUUACGGAGAUCUGAACCUCACCCUCUUCUACGGCCUGGAUGGAAAUAUUCCUGUUGCUAAUUAUACAGUGCCUGGUUUCAAACAGGGUAAGAAGAAUACAAAUGAUUGGAGAGACGUUGUCGAGACUCAUGGACUGCCUUGGAAUGAUGCUAUCAAAGCAGUUUCUAAUGGUUCCAAAGUGGUUUUCAGGGCGGAUUUGGUCACAGAUGUCAAGUUGAAACAAAUGUUUUGGUCGAAGAAAAAGAAGAUGGUUUUGAAAGGUACCGUCGAAGUCGAUGGUUCUGGUGAGAAAGUCCAUGGGAAACCCAUCAGACUCAAGUCAUUUGCAUCUUAGCUAAUAUGAAUUUUGUAGAAUAAUAAUAAUAAUGGGUUGGUUGUGAUGAAUUUAUUUCCAUGUACGACUGUUGAUAUGAUUUUAUGAGCUGGGAUUAAGUUGCUUUAGAUUAGCUAGUUCUUCAUUAUGAAUCUUAUUAUUCGUUUCUAAGAGUUUGUUUGGUAUGACUUUUG